AUGGGAGAACCGGUGCCUAUGAAGGUGGUGCCUAUUAGGGUGCUCUUUGAGACACCAUCUGGCUUCGCAUUCUUUGGCUUUAAUGGAGACUAUGUCAAUGUCGAAAACCCGCUUGAGAUUAUCUGGACAUAUUUGGCCGACAGUACCACAGCGGAACUGGCCAUCUGGCUGUUGGAGUUCGAGAAGUUUGAAAACAAGUCAGAUGCCAUUGGAACUUCUGGUAUUGAUGACCACAUCACCAAGAUGAUCAAAAAUUGGUAUUGUAGUGGGGAGACAAUUCCUGUUGGAAAGAGUGAACAUAAACUGGCUAUUGAAACAGACUGUUUAUAUUGCGAUACUUCCUGGAAUAUCAUACCAACUGUUAAUGGACAGAUUGCAGAAACAGCCUGCUUCAUCUAUCAUUGUCUUGAAAUUAACAAGGAGCUGCUGCAGUGCUUGCGUAUGGCUGGUUAUCCUGAGAAGGAAAGCAUUGACACACAGGGUUGGGAUGCAUUGAAAUAUGUGACAGCUGUUCAGAUCAUGUGUAUGGAUGAACAUUCAUCCAAUCAUUGUCAGAUGUUUUCAGUGGAGGAGCUGCAGAAGAUAAAUGGUGGUAAAGGGAAACAUAAAGGGCUCAUUAAGGAUAAUUUCAUGGUGGUCUACCGAAGAGUGGUCGAAGUCAAUCAAGUUAAAGUUGAUAAGCUUAAAGAGUUGGAUGUUUUGGUGAAGCAGGCGCAUGAAAAGUCAGGAAGAGUUAGGAAGUUGCAAGAGGAGCUGGAUAAGUCAGAAAGCAUUGCAAAGAAGAGGAAGAGGGAGGCGUAA